AUGCGGAUCUGUCUGUUGUCGCCCCUGGCCGCUGCAAUCGGCUAUGUUGUGAUUCGAGUCCUCGUCCGGCGCCGGAGCCCGCGAGCGCAGCUGUCCGACCUGCAGGCAGCUGCCACUGCAUUGGCACGCAAGCAACGCAUCUCGGUGAUUGGAUGCUCCUGCACUGGUAAAUCGACCCUUGCCUCCAUGCUCGCCAAGAUCAAGGGCGUGCAGUACAUUGACAUGGACCGUUUGGCAUGGCUGCCUGGCUGGCAGCUGCGCGACCACAAGGAGCGCGAUGAGAUGCUGUCCAAGGAGCUUCAGCAGGCCAAGGCGCGCGGUGGAUUCACAGCUGAUGGCCACUACGGCCUGAAAGCCAAGAAAAGGCUUGUGCGGGAGUGGGAGGAUAUCGAGGUGAUCGUGUGGCUGGACCUCGACUUCUGGAUAGUGCUGGGCCGUGCUUUCUGGCGCACUGCCUACCGCAUCAUCUACCGCGUCGAGUGCUGCAACGGGAACUACGAGCAGCCAGUCAGACUACUGGGUCUGACCAAGGACUCUGUCAUCCACUGUGUGCUCACAAUGCAUCAUCUGAUGGAAGAAAAGGUCAUGCGCCUCCGGCAAGAAUAUCCGCAGCAGCUCCUCGUGCGGCUCCGCUGCCCGAAGGACGUGGACCUCCUGUGGCACCUCGUGGAGCAGGAGAUGUUGAAGGGAGCCCCGGACAGACCUCCAUGA